UUCCCUCCCAGAGCGCUGCCCAAAUCCCGCUCCCAGGCAGCUAAUCACCGCCACUGCAGCGCGGGGGGAGCAGCCCUGGAGCUGGGCUUGUCCAACUCAUAGCUCUCCACACGCCCAGCGGCUCUGUCCGUCCAUUUGUCUGUCCAUCCGUUGUCUGUCCAUCUAAUCCAAGGGAGGCAGCAGGAGCACGGCCGGCACAAUGCACAUGCGGGGGCUGUUGGGACUGGUGCUGCUGAUGGUGUCGGUGGGCUCCCUGCCCAGUCUGCGGCCCGCCACCCCCCCAGCCCUGUGGAGCUCCUCGGGCAGCCCUGUUUUGUGCCUCCUGCCCCGUUCUGAAGCAGAGCUCCGGUGCCGUGUCCCAGGGGGCCCACUGUGUAGCGGCAGGGGCAGGUGCGACUGCGGGGUCUGCAUCUGCCAAGUGACGGAGGCUGGCAAAUAUUAUGGGCCGCUAUGCGAGUGCCAAGAUUGGGUGUGUGAGAUCUACGACGGGAAGGUCUGUGCAGGUCUUCCUCCAUUGCCUGUGCAUGUGGUCUUCGUCACAGUUCUUCUGCACAUUCAUGGAAAGGGAAUGUGA